AUGUCGGCUAUUGGUUCCCUCGUCUUCUGCGCCGAUUGCGGCAACCUUCUCGACGGUGGCUCGGGCGAUGGCAAGGCCCUCCUGGUCUGCGACGUCUGCGGCGCUUCAUGCAGAGACACUGCCUCCAAGGUCAUUGUGACGCACUCUAAGCCAUCUGCCUUCCCCUCGUCUUUACGCGCCAAGCGCUCUGAAGUCCAGACUCUCACCGAGGACGACAUGCAGACCGAUGCUACCAUCAGACAGACUUGUGAAAAGUGCGGCAGGGAAGAGGUCCGGUAUUACACGCAGCAGCUGCGUAGUGCAGAUGAAGGCAGUACUGUCUUCUAUACUUGCGAUUGCGGUCACAAAUGGAACACCAACAACUAA